AAGGAGCCUUUAAGAAGCCUUUGGGAAACUCUCAGAAGGAAGUUUUUGGUGGAAUCGCCGGGGUUUCUAUCAUUUCCACCUCUUCUAUUCCUGGUUUGGGUUGUAUGGUGGAUUCCUGUUGAAGCACUGCGAGUACUGUGAACAAGGCAUAUUGCAUGGGAAAUACAUACAUCUGAAUGGAUUUAGAGGUCAGAGGAGUGGCUGCUUCUGGGAGCCAAACGCGGCUAUUUUCUCAGCGAAAGAAUUCAAUACAAAAAAAAUGGACCUCCAGACCAUGGAUGAUCCAGAACCCCUGCCUACCUAUGGUUCCACCACUUGAUCUUGGAAGCCUUGUUGACUCUGAUGAGGAGGACAAUUUUUCACAAGCACCAAAUGGCAAAGUGCACGAUCAUCCCAACCCACCAAAGUUACGUUCUAACCUGAGCUGGGUGAUGCCGUGUCAAAGACCAUCCACUCAGCAUCAUCUAAAUGAAGUGGAGCAGGACAUAAUACCUGAAGAUUUGCCAGCACCAACAGGCAAAUAUAAGCAAAAAUAUCAGCAAUAUGCAACUGAAAUGAAAGAGGGAUACAAACAGUACAUUCAGAGAACUGCAGAAAAGGCAAAAGCAACUAGCACACUGGAGACUUCAAGAAACAAGAUAAAUGAAAGGGUGGAAGGAGCCAGUGUGGAUGACCUUAUGACUUUGGAUAGGAAAGCCCUGUUACAGCAAGGCUAUGCAGAUAGCCCUUACCAUAUAUGGAACAGCACAAGAAAAUCAGAUGCGGAAACUGUGGCUGUAGAGAAGAAGAAACAGACUGUCACAGAGCAAAUGAUGAUAGACCACCUAUCCAGGGCUGUCAUCAGCGAUCCAGAACAAGGUUUAAGCACCAUGAAACAAGAGAGCUCUCACAUCCCUCCAGACUCAGAGAGGGCGCCACUUCGAGUUAUAAGACGAACUCUGCAUGAAACAAAGAUAAGAACCAACUCCACACUAACAGAGAAUGACCUUUCUCGGAAAGUAGAAUUUGAUGGGAGGGUCUUAUCAAGAAAUGGACGUGAUGCCUGCAGGGAACUAAUUGGAUUUUUCUUUACCCACGACCAGUCCCUAACUGUGUAUGAGUAUCGAACUUUUGGGAAAAACAGAACGAACGUGCUUCCUUUUAUUAAGAAAGACAUUUACAGUCAUCAGUGUGGAAGGAGAAAAGGAAAGCAUUACCAGCUUGGUGACUUCUAUACUGGUGCAACUUUGACAUUUUUGAGCUGUGAUCAUCCUAGUCUUCCAAAGAGCAUAAAAGAAAACCCAUUACUUAAACUACGAAUUACAAAUACUGAUCAAAUAGCUUUGAAUUCUCUGAAAGGUGCCUCUGUGGAGCCCGGGGAAGAUGACACAGUCAGGCAGGAGGCCCAUGAUCGGCGGGUGCUGCAGGCCAUCCAGGGUAAACUAAAAGAACAACUACACAGGAAAGGCGUCCGUAUUUUGACUGGAUUGGGGAAACACUUUCAACAUUUGGACAAGGCAGGGAAAGGGCUUUUAGCGAAGGCAGACUUUCAGCAAGCUCUGAAAAUCUUUCACUUAGAAGUGUCCCAACAGGACUUUGAGUCUUCUUGGUUAAUUCUGCAAGGCAGCAGCCAUAGCAAGAACAAGGUUGAUUAUGGAGAAUUCAAACGUGCCAUUUUUGGUGAAAUGAAUGAAUACAGAAAAUCAUUUGUUCGCAAGGCCUUCAUGAAACUGGAUUUCAACAAAACUGGCAUUGUGUCCGUUAUAGACAUAAGAAAGUGUUACUGUGCGAAGAAGCAUCCACGUGUGGUUUCAGGGCAUUCAACAGAGGAGGAAAUCAAAUCAUCUUUUCUAGAAACAUUGAAAGAUGACUGCAGCAAGUCUGAUGAAGUUUCAUAUGGGGAGUUUGAAGAUUACUAUGAAGGCCUAAGUAUAGGGAUAGCAAGUGAUGAAGAUUUUGUUAAUGUCUUACGUACACCAUGGGGAAUUUAGUUUUUAGUAAUGCACAUUCUCAUUUUAUAGUUUUUAGUAACACACAUUCAAGUAUUUUAUAGAAAAGAUAAGUUUUAUAUAAAAUAAGAUCAACUUGUAGUAUAUUUUCUAAGAGUCUUUUUAAUCUCUUUAAAAGUUGAGUCCAGAAAGACCUUUUUAGAAAUACAUAUGUGUUUGUGAGCACACAUGCAUGCCUACCUGUCCAUAUAUGUAUGAGAUAGACAUUUUUGUGUACUUUUUGUCAUUGUAUUUUAGAAAAGUAGUUAAUGGAAAAGGAACAUUGUCAUUAAAUCAUAUCAGAGUUGUGUAUACUUGGGGUUCAGAUUAGGUCUGAAGUAGUUAGUGCAACUUGUUUGAAACAUAUGCAAGUAUUAAAGUAUAUGCACAAGUGAUGUUAAAAUCAGCAUGAUUACAGGCGUUUUCCAUGUGUUUGAUUUUGAGUGACAGGUAUUUACCCCUCAGUGUUCAUUUAAAGAGACUUGUUCUAUACUUUUUCUUCAAAAUUAUUAUAUUGGUCUUUGUUCAGUAGAAAAAAUUAUUCUGUAGUUUCUAUUUAACUGUCAUAUUAUCU